UCGACCCAUUUUCAACCCGCACAUGCGCAAUCCAGCCCUACAGUUCCACACAAAACAAGACAUUGCACAGCAAACGUUCAUUCGGCAUCGUUAAAAAUCACAUCGUUAAUAAUAAAAGCCCAACGUAAAUCAAUGAAAGCGUUAAACUACAAAACAAUACAGUGUACGCGAAUAGAAAUUACAAGCACGCGCGGUGCCCUGUCAAAAUAAACCAGCGCAAUUGCGAUGUAAACAUGACCGAGCGUAAGAUCUUGCUUUUUAUUCUGUCCGUGAUCGCCUACGGCAUGUACAGUGUUCAUAUGUGGUUCUUGAAAGAUAAUGGCGAAAACCCAGAUCUGAAACAAGAAAAACCUAAUCUAGAAGAUAACAAAGAAAUAGCCAUUCCUAGUGAGCCAAAAGUGAAGGAGGAACCAAAAAAAAUAAUUAGACGUUACAUUAAAGACGGCUGCUCUGUUAUGCAAAUAUUGACUGAAAAACCAAAAGACAAUGUUAAGAAGAUUUUAAUGGAAGAUAUGGAUAAUAACGGCAGUGCGGUUACAGUGAUUGGUAUCACUGUUUUUCUUUUAGUAUUAACAGUGAACGCUAUUUUGGAUGUGCUCAAAGUGAAGGAAGAAGAACGAGCGAGGUUAAAGCUGAAUCCUGAAGGGGAAAGAAGACAGUCAUUGGCAGAGUUUGCAAACAAANCAAACAAGAAACCGCUGCGACGGGAGUCCAGCAAGUUUGGUUUACAUCUGUUUCAGAUUUCUGAGACUGUCGCGAGUAGUGGUGAAGAGAAGAAGGAUAAAAAAACACGCCAAACACGACCGUAUACGAGGGGAGAUUCAACUAACUCGUACUUGAGUGAAAGGAAGCCUAAAUCAGAAGGAUCAGCGCCUGCUUCGAUCAGCGAGACAUCUACAGCUGAGCCCAGGUUGGCUAAACGACAAUCAGUGGCCAAGCUAAUUGGAGGUCGUCCCGUGCCCAUGGUCCGGCGCUCAUCGUUCCCUGCCUUGCCCCUGAACCCUGAGGUCCAGGCCCUGAUGCUGGGCCAUCGCCAAGCUUCGGUGGACAGCGACGAUGAAGACGGGAGAGGAAGGAGAGUCAGGAUCAUCCGUAGAUAUUAGAUAUAUGUGAUUUUCGAAGAUAACCUGAUUAGGGGAGACCGAGGAGAGUUGUAACAAACUCAAUAUCUCUAAACGUGUGACAGUUCAUUUGAACGGGAAUAUUCCCACCUCUCGUUCCCACCACUGCAACUCCUGUGUAGCCAGGAUCUACAGCUUGACCGCUAA